UUAGGUGGCCUUAAUUGAACAGAAAAUUGACUAAUUUUAACUAUGAUAUCUGUAAUAGAAAUAAAACUUUAAAGAUUGCAAGAAACAAUUUAAAUUUUACGAAGAAAAAAGUUAUUCUAGUUUUGGCAAGAAACCUCAUCCCAUUCGCCAGAUGGGCUUAUUAUCCAGUACCCUGCACUCGCGCGAUGCAUUUAUCAUAUCACGAUCCUAUACAACAUAUCUAUUACGAUCUCAUGCCAGAGCAUGAGCGCAACGAAACAGGGUAGGGGUCUCAUAGCGAGCGUGUGGGGGUACGGCCGGCCGGCGCGCGAGACAAUAUAUACCUGGGCCUGGUGUUGCCGAACACCUGCUCCACACCGGGUCCUUGCGGACCUUUGUCCAAGAGCCGAUAUAAAACUCGUACACCGUUUCGGCCACGUCAGUGGACUUUCGACAGGCGACCAGGCGCGCUCGAUGAGUCUCUUUGAAAAUAGAUUGGAUUCUUUGGAAAUCACGAUAUAAAUCUGUUCUUAUUUUAAUUAGCAGUGAUAAGGUGCGGUGAAAAUUUUUCGCUAAAGAAAUUCAACAUCUCAGAUGAGAAUUUGAAAAUGUGCGAAGAUGGUUUAAAAAUCAUCAAGCUUGGAGAUAAAAAAGAUCAAAUAUAUAUCAAAUAUCAGAUUCCGAAGAUUUGUGAAUUAUAAAAUAUUCUCUCGAAGAUUUAUAAAUCAAAAAUAUCGAAGUCUGCUUCUUUGAGGGGAAAUAUAUGAAUUGCGAAAUAUAAAAAUUCAAAGAUUUUGGAAUCGAAGAAUUCUUAAGAGAAUUGAAGAAUUAAGGAAUUCAGGAGAUGGCGAACGUAUUGUGGCUGUUAUCAGUGAUUAUCGCUGCGAACACGCUGAUUGCUGGCACGCGCGCGGACGAGGAUCUCAACAGUACAAUCAAGCUGCUGCAAGAACAAGUUAGCGCAUUGCUAGAGCAUCGACAGGAAGAUUAUAACGCUUUGGAGGAAAGUCUGAAGCGAUCGAUAGAGAAAAACACGGAACUCAUCGUCCUUAGAAAUGAAGUAAAGCAACUCAGGAAGGAAGUAAACGCUCUUCGUGGCGGAAGCGGCAACGAGGCGAAGAACGAACGAUUGAGGGUGAGAUGGCUCGGCAGUGCCGUGACAGAGCUGCAGAGUGAGGUCACCGAGGUGCUCAGAGCGCGGAACGCCAGCGAAGAGUUGGCCGAGCGUUCGAGGAUGAGGAGCGAAUUAGCCCUGUUAAGGGGUGACGUCGCCGAAGUCGGCAGGAAUGUACGUGAUCUCGGUAGCAGGAUCACCAAGAUCGAGGCUGAUCUUGGUGUCAUCAGGCUUGACAUUGCUACGAGCAAGAAACACGCCAAUUUCUUGUCUAGCUCCUGUGCGGAUGUCAGUACUCAGUUGAACACGCUGCAAAUAGAGCUGAAGUCCCUGAAAGAGUCUACGCUUCCCGGUCACGAUCCACAAAAGUUGGAACAUCACGACAAAGCCGAUCUCUCCCGCAACGAAGUGAACAGUCUGCAUGAAAUUACAUCGACUCGAAAACGUAAUUAUUUCCGCACCCUGGCUCAUCGCGCUCGCUUCGAAGAACGUUUACGGAACGUCGAAAGGAAGAUUUCCGUGGUGGCACGGAAGCGAACGAUGAUCGAGAAGCGAGUUGUGUACGAGGAUCGCGAACAUCUUGAAGAACGAGUGAAGAAUCUCGAGUUGGCACAGGCGGAACUUUCGAAGAAGAUAUUCAAUGCCAGCCAGGAUCUGGUGUCGAUGAAUGAGCUGGAUGAAUCGGUCGUGCGAUUGUAUAACUCGGUACGAUUGCUCGAGGAAGCUGUGUACACCAAUCGCUCCGAGGUGAAACGAGAGCUGGCGAAAUUGGGAAUAAACGCGGCACGAAAAGCGGCCGAGCUGUCGCUGACCAGGGAACAGCUUGGUAAUCUUCGACGCGCGGUUCAGGCGCUGAGCGUGAGUGCGUCGCAAUUGCAAGAGAAAAGUGACGUCCAACGAAAGAGUCUGGACACUCUGAAUGAGACCCUCAGCCGAUUGGAUCUUUCUCGCAAUUUGGCCAAGGCGGCGAACGUUACGCAUGAAUUGGAACAGGUGGAGGAUCAAUAUCGUCUCAUGGUAGAUUCUCUCCCGGGCAACUGUGAAGAGCGCGAUGGUUUAACUCUCUUAGCGCCUGGUCCCGGGACACCUUUACUAGCCUCCUGCCGUGCCGGUUGGAUCGUUGUGGCUCGCAGGAUCGACGGUGCGGUAGACUUUGAUCGCACCUGGAACGAGUACUCGAUCGGUUUUGGUUCACCAGUCAGCGAAUUCUGGUUAGGCAAUGAAGCGUUGCAUCGGCUUACCCGUGACAAUUGUAGCACGUUACGAGUCGAUUUGAUCGACACCUAUGGCGUGCACUGGUAUGCCAAAUACGAGCAUUUCACAGUCGACUCCGAAGAGACCGGUUAUCGGCUCCAUGUAUCAGGUUAUUCAGGCAAUGCGACUGAUGCACUAUCUUAUCAGGAUGGCAUGGCAUUCAGCGCCAAGGACCGCGAUAUGGAUAUCAGUACCACCGACUGCGCGGCCAACUAUCGAGGUGGAUGGUGGUUCAGUCAUUGCCAACACGCCAAUCUCAAUGGUAGAUAUUCUUUGGGUCUAACGUGGUUCCAAUCGACCACUAAUGAGUGGAUGGCGGUCGCAUCUUCUGAAAUGUCGGUGCAACGAAAACAGAAUUGUUGAUCCUGAAACAUUAAAAGAGUGAAAUUAUUCUUAUCGAAUCAAUAGAAUUAAAGAUGAUAUGGAAAAACUUUAAGAAAAUUAAAGAUUAUUUUGUGCGAUUUGAGUUAUGCAUCUUUUGCAGUCAGUCGACAAGAGAACAUUAAUUGUAAUACCAAAGAAUUAAGUAUAACUGAAAGACUUGAAUAAGACUGUAAAUAUAAUGUACAGUUAUAUGCACAACAGAGUAAAUCCUGUAAACGUGUGAAAAACACAUGUUACUUAUUAUAUAAAUAUUAAUAAGAAGCCAAUAAAGCCAUUAAUUUUUGCCUCUAAGUAAAAUAUGUAUAUAAUCAAGUCAAUAAAAGUCAAUAAU